AUGUCUUCCGAACCUAAGCCUAUCAUCAUCAUUGGUGCUGGCCUUGUUGGGUUAACUCUGGCACAAGCCUUGAAGAAAUCCGGCCACUCAUUCCAGAUCUAUGAUAGAGAUGAAACCCUUGACGAGAGGCCUGCAGGAUGGGGAAUCACGAUGCACUGGGCAUUGCCUGCAUUGGCUGCUUGCCUCCCAGCUGAAGUUUUUGAUAUGAUACCGUCUAUUCAAGUUGACCCUGUUGAGGGAGGCAAAGACCAUGACAGCUACCGAUUCCUCGACUUAUCAACGGGUGUGGACAAAUACAACAUCAAAGCUUCUCUGCACUAUCGUCUCAAUCGAAAGAAGUUUCGUCAACUGCUCAGCACCGACAUUAACGUCAACUGGGGCAAGCGAUUCACCGAAUACCAAGUUAACGACGACGGUGUUACUGUAUGUUUCGCUGACGGGACAAAAGUACAAGGCUCGAUGCUCCUCGCCGUAGAUGGCAAGAAUAGCCGCAUCAAGAAGGCGUUACUGGGUGAUGAAAAGUCGCAGCUUUACCCGCUUCCUGUGGCAUUCAUGGGAUUGACCUUGCGCCUCUCGCCCGAAAGAAUGCAGCCCUUCCGCGAUAUCCACCCGAUUCUUUGGCAAGGGACGCAUCCAGCUUCAGGCUACUAUGUAUUUUUCUCGAUGCUAUCAACGCCUCAGAGCAAUGGAAGUGCCGGGUCGGAUGGUGAAUAUUAUGAAGGCCAGUUCAAUAUGAGUUGGCUGGUGGAACGCAACGGAGAAUUACCAAAGACAAAGGCGGAGCAGCUGGCCAAGAUGAAGAGCGCUGUGACGGCUGAUACAGGGUUCUUCCCAAGUCUGAGAGAUGCCAUACUUGCUAUCCCCGAUGACGCUCCGCUGUUGGAGAUUAAGUUGGAGGAUUGGCCGGCUCAACAAUGGCCUACCCUAGGUGGCAGGGUUUCUUUGCUGGGGGACGCCGCUCAUACUAUGACAAUGUAUCGUGGAGAGGCCGCCAAUCAUGGAAUCUACGAUGCCGUUACUCUUGUGCAUGAGCUCAAUUGCUGGAGGGACGGCACGAAAACUUUAAAGCAGGCUGUAGAGGAUUAUCAGACCGAGGUGACUAGCAGGACCUACGACGCCGUCCUCCUGAGCCGUUCAGCUUGCCUAGAAUGCCAUAACCUUGGCACUCUCGGGCCAAACAGUUCAGUCUUUCAGGUAUCGGGUUUCAACGCAAAGGUCACGGAAGAGAGGCGUGUUUACGAUCUUGCCAAUCAGUCCAUAGUUAGGGCUGCCGGCGUGGUCACCGUUUCACAGGCUUGA